CAUGCUCAGCCGGCUGGGAGCGCUGCUGCAGCAGGCGGUGGAGACGCGGGAGCCCAGCGUGGACCUGCUGGAAGCCUUCACCGAGCACUGGACGGGUAUCACCGGCUACUACCUGGAGGCCACAGACGAGAGCGUCCCAGCGCGACAGACGGACAUCCCGUGGCGCCUGCGGCAGAUGUUGGACAUCCUGGUGCACGAGGAGCGGCAGCGCCCGCCGGGGGACACGGGGCCGUGCCUCGAGUUCCUGCUGCAGCACAAACUGCUGGAAACUCUGGGAACGCUGGGAAAGGCAGAGUACCCCCCCGGCAUGAGGCAGCAGGUCCUGCUCUUCUUCAGCCGCCUGCUGGGGCAGCUGCAGCACCCGCUCCUGCACUACCUCAACGUGCACCGGCCCGUGCAGAAGCUGCUCCAGCUCAGCGGGGACCGCCUGGGCUCCGGCACUGAGAGGGAGGAGGUGCAGUUCACCGCCGUGCUCUGCUCCAAGAUCCAGCAGGACCCCAGCCUGCUGCCCCACAUCCUGCAGGGAAAGAGCGUCCUGAACGGGAGGAGAGCCCCGGAGAGCCCCAGGACAGAGGGUUUGGAGCAUCCCUCGGGCACCUCUGCCAGCUCCACCCCCAGAAAGGAGGAUUUGGAGCAUCCCUCGGGCACUGCUGCCAUUUCUACCCCCAGGAAAGAGCAUUUGGAGCACCCUCUGGGCACCUCUGCCAGCUCCAUGCCCAGGGCAGAGAAUUUGGAGCAUCCCUUGGGCACCACUGCCAGCUCUGAACAUUUGGAGCAUCCCUCGGGCACCAAUGCCAGCUCCAUGCCCAGGGCAGUGCAUUUGGAGCACCCCCUGGGCACCACUGCCAGCUCCACGCCCAGGGCAGAGCAUUUGGAUCAUCCCUCGGGCACCGAUGCCACCUCCCCUCCUGCCCAGCCCUCCCCGGCACGCAGGGACAGCAACCUCGUCACCUGCCUGGUGGCACUGUGCAGGAGCAAGAAGAGCCGGGUGGCGCUGAAGGCUCGGGAGAACGUGCUGCUGCUGGCGGGGCUGUCCCAGGAGGCGGCUGCCACCUGCCUGGUGCGGGGCACUGCCCUCUGCCAGCUGCUCGUGGGGCACCUCUGCGACCUCUACAGCACCGUGCCCGCUGGCACCGACCCUGCUGAUGUCCUCGGCAUGGACAGGGCCAGCUGGAGGUCGCAGGGGGACGGCGCUGGGGACGGGGGGUUCCCGGGCAAGGAGAGCCUGGCAGAGUUCCUGGGCUGGCUGGAUUUCCUGGAUGAGCUGGUGAUGGGUGCCCACCCGCUCGUGGCCGAUGCCAUCAGCCAGGCCGUGGAGGAGAAGUUCUUGCAGGGCACCCUGCAGCCGCAGCUCCUGCAGAUGUCGGAGCUGGCCGUGCUGGGCGCCACGGCCGUGCUGACGGGCACGGUGAGGCAGCUCCGCUCUCCCGCCCUGCUCCACCGCCUGGUCCUGUUCCUGCUGGGGCCCCACCGGCACCCCGAGACCCCCGGGGACGCCCCCCAUGCCCUGAGGGCGCAGCUCAUCGAGCGCUGCGACCACCUGAGCGACGAGAUCAGCCUGGCCAGCCUGAGGCUCUUCGAGGAGCUGCUGAGGAAGCCCCACGAGCACGUGGCUCACAACCUGGUGCUGAGGAACCUGGAGGCCCGGGCGUACCUGCAGCGCGGCGCCGAGGAGCGCGGGCCCCCCGAGACGGACCCCGAGGAGGACGGGCUGGAGCUGGAGGAGGAUCCCUAUUUCACCGAUGGAUUCCCAGACAGCUUUGGGGUGACAAAAAGUCCUUCACCAGCAUCGACCCCGUCGGGGAAGGGGCGAGUGAGUGAGGUGGUGAGCAGCUUCCUGUGCCUGGUCCCUGAGGAGGCCAAGACCUCGUCGUGCAUGGAGGAGGGCGGAUAUGACACCUACGUGCACGAUGCCCUGGCCAUGGUGCAGGCGUGCCGUGCCAGCGCUGCCCCGUGGGGGUGGCCCUCGUGCCCCCGGCCCCUGGACUCGUGUCACUGCUGUCACCCCGGUGUGGCGUUUUACGAGGGACAUUUCCUCAAGGUGCUGUUUGACAGGAUGAGUCGGAUCCUGGAUCAGCCCUACAGCCUGAACCUGCAGGUGACCUCGGUGCUGUCCCAGCUGGCCGCCUUCCCCCACCCCCACCUGCACGAGUACCUGCUGGACCCCUACCUGAGCCUGGCCCCCGGCUGCCGCUCGCUCUUCUCCGUCCUUGUCAGGGUGAUCGGGGAGCUGAUGCAGCGGCUGCAGCGCGUGCCCCACGCCAGGGCCAAGCUGCUCCUGGUGCGCCGGCAGCUCCUGGGGCUGGUGCCAGGCGAGCAGAUGGAUCACACCGUGCUGCUCAAGGCCGUGGUGGUGCUGGAGGAGUUCUGCAAGGAGCUGGCGGCCAUCGCCCUGGUCAAGGGGCCACCCGAGGGGCCACCCUGAGCCCCUCGCCGAGCUGUCCCUCUUGUGGUGGCCCUGCCCACGUCCCGGUGGCC